UUAUUAAUGCUGAGUGGCUCUGGCAACUCCUGUGGUUCAAGGUCGUUAGUCAUCCGCUGCCGCUGCAGGAGACACCGGAGCGCUGAGCCAGAGCUCUUCAUCCAACCCUCUUGGUCCUCCCAGGCCAGCAGGAUGAAGGAGUCUAGGCAAACAUUCCUUAAUUUAUUCUGCAUCCUCUGGCUCUUUCUGCUGCUGAAGACUGCCUCUUCCUCCCCUCUACCCCGUGGAAAAGACCCACGAGCCCCUUCGCUCCCCUUUGGGCUGUACGAAGGACACACCUGUGUUGGAUGCGUGCUUGUGGUGUCUGUCAUCGAACAGCUUGCACAGUGGCACAACAGCACAGUAAAGGCAGCUGUGGAGAGACUGUGUGACUACAUACCUGAAAAACUGCAAGGUUUCUGCUAUGUGCUUGCCGAACUUUACGGACCACACAUAGCUGAACUCAUAGACAGGGAAAUGAAUGCCGAUGUGGUUUGCCAUUCCUUGAGGCUGUGUAAACAGGAUCCAGGACAACCACUUUGUCAUCUCUACUCUCCUCCAAAGGUGGGACUCAGUGUUGCAAUAAGAAAAGCAAAAAGAAUUAUGAAGGCUUCCAAAGACUUGAAAAGCUUCAUGGGAUUCUCAAGUGUAUGUGCAUUUCCUCUUCUGGCUAACCUGUGUGAGAAGAUUAAAUAUGUUCUAAGAAAUAAACUGCCUUUUGAAGAUUUUGAUGGAGAUAAAUUUAGUACCUUCCCAACGCUGAGGGGCUAUCACUGGCGAGGCAGAGACUGCAACGACAAAAACACAACCGUGUACCCUGGCAGACGUCCUGAUAAUUGGGAUGCAAAAGGUGACUCUAACUGCAAUGGCAUAUGGGGUGUGGAUCCAAAAGAUGGAAUUCCCUAUGAAGAGAAGUUCUGCAAAGGUGCAGACUCCAGAGGGGUCGUGCUCCUGGGAGACUCGGCCGGCGCUCACUUCCACAUCCCUCCCGAGUGGAUGACCGUCACACAGAUGUCAGCGAAAUCAUUUGCUAAUCUCCCCAUGGCUUUCAGUGAUGAGUUUGACUGGCCCCAGUUCUCAGAGAUCACUGGAUUUCUCAAUUCCACCAUCGGAGGGUGGACAGACUCUUUGUAUCUACGUUUACGCAAGAGAAAUCGCUGUAAUCACAGGGACUUGCAGAACAUUUCCCAAAAUGGUGGUUCUUCAGGAAACCUCCUCUCUUUAAUAAAAAGUUUGGCCAGGAACCAGCUGUUGGACAAUCCAGCCAUAGUUAUCUACGCUACAAUUGGGAAUGAUGUCUGCAAUGGUGAACGUGACACACUGGCCCACAUGACCACACCCAAAGAAAUGCUCUCCAAUGUGGUGCAAGCUCUGCGAUACCUGGACUCCCUCCUUCCAAAUGGCAGCCAUGUGAUUUUGACAGGCUUGGUGGAUGGUCGCUUCCUCUGGGAUAACCUGCACGACAGAUAUCAUCCUCUAGGACAACUGAACAAGGAUGUCACGUACAGUCAACUCUACUCUUUCCUCGACUGCCUCCAGGUGAGCCCCUGCAGCGGCUGGCUGACCCCCAACGAGACCCUCAGGAAUCUGACCUCGGAGAGAGCAUUACAACUUUCCAAUGUCCUGAAAGAAAUAGCAAGAUCUGAGAAAUUUUCCAACUUUGAUAUUUUCUACAUGGAUUUCCCACUGAGACAAACGGCCGAGGAAUGGCGCAAGAUGGGAGGUGAGCCCUGGCAGCUGAUCGAACCAGUCGAUGGCUUCCAUCCCAGCCAGAUUGCUGCAGCCCUUGGAACAGGCAUUACCUGGCAGAAGGCACUACACGAGUGGCCUCAAGUGCUUGGCAAGGAGAAUCCAUUCAACGAUCAGAUUGAAGCCAUAUUCAAAGAUCAAGGUGGACACUGACUUCCAAACUGCUGGAACCCUCACGCAAUUGAUGAUGGCACUUCCACGGGUCAAGAUGAUUAAAGACACACCAAAAAAAUCGGGGAGAGGAAGUUAUCAGAGCCAGUAGCACUGGACAUAACACAAGAGCAUUCUUUUCAGUUUGUAUCUUACCUGCACAAGUAGGCUAUGCUUUUUCUGUGGAGCUACAAAAAUAAAAAUCAAAGGAUAGCUGCCAGCUAGACCAUUUAUUGUAGCAGUUUGAAAAUCUGCACUUCUUUUUUCCACAUACAGGAAACUCCUACCCCUACCUAAUCUUUUUUCCUUCUGCAGAACAUUUCUAGUUUUUCUGUUUGUAGUGUUUCAACAGUUAAUCUGAUCCCAAAAGGAGGGGGGGGACCCCAAACUCAUUAUGUUGCUAUAAAUUGUGUGUAUGUAAUUGCCUUGACUGUCAAUACAUUAUUUAGCUGGUAUUUGCUUAUUAAAGUGUGCCAGGAAUAACAAGACACUACAAUUUUGAUGUGCCUGGCAGCAUCAGCACAGGCUGACUGAGCACAGGUUCUCUUCCUCCAUUAAUAAGAUAUUAGGUUGACAACACUUCAUGUAUUUAAAAAGCGGGUUGUUUUUUCAACCUGUAAUGUAUUUCUGCUUUUUUUGCUUCCUAAGAAAAAUAAUAUGCCAAGUCCUAUGUCUUUUACAGGCAUGGCCAAGGGAAUCACUGAAAAUACUGGGUAGCCCUUACUUCACAGACAGACUUGAAGAUGAGAAUUACUGUAUUUUUUUCACCAGCUUAUGCAGUGCUCUUAGCAAAAUAAAGAAAUAUUUAAAAAU